GGCCGCGGGCCCGCCCGAGCGCUGCACUGCCUCCCGGAGCCCGGACGCGGCGCCCCAGAGGAGGAGGGCGAAAGGACGCGGUGAUGGCUCCACGGGGACUCCCCGGCUCAGCCGUCCUCGCCGCUGCUGUCUUCGUGGGAGGCACCGCGAGCUCGGCGCUGGAGGCCCCGGACAAUGGUGGCAGCCACACCUUGCACUCCAGGACAGAGAUGACACCAUCGCCCGCCAGCAAUGCUGAGAACGGGCACCCAGAAUAUAUCGCGUAUGUGCUUGUCCCUGUGUUCUUUAUCAUGGGUCUCUUUGGUGUCCUCAUCUGCCACCUGCUUAAGAAGAAAGGGUAUCGUUGUACAACAGAAGCCGAACAAGAGGUCGAAGAGGAAAAGAUUGAAAAGAUAGAAUUGAAUGACAGUAUAAAUGAAAAUAGUGACACAGUUGGGCAGAUUGUCCACUAUAUCAUGAAAAAUGAAGCAAAUGCUGAUGUUUUAAAGGCAAUGGUAGCAGAUAACAGCAUGGGUGAUCCUGAAAGCCCCGUGACCCCCUCCACCCCUGGGAGCCCACCUGUGAGUCCCGGGCCCUUGUCACCAGGGGGCACACCGGGGAAGCACGUCUGUGGACACCAUCUGCACACAGUGGGUGGUGCUGUGGAGAGGGACGUGUGUCAUCGGUGUAGGCACAAGAGGUGGCACUUCAUCAGACCCACCAACAAGUCCAAGGAGGGCCGGCCAAGGCGCCAAGGAGAGGUCACUGUCCUCUCCGUUGGCAGGUUUAGAGUUACAAAAGUGGAACACAAGCCAAAUCAGAAGGAGCGGCGAAGUUUGAUGUCUGUUAAUGGGACCGAAAGCGUCAAUGGGGAGGUGCCUGUGACACCUGAGAAGAGAGAACGCAGCGACACAGAGUAGCAGAUUUGCCUUUUUUCUUUUCUCCCGCAGGAGUGGCUGUUUGAAGAGUUCUAAGAGACUGAAACUUAAUGAGCUAUGAAGUUGCCUAGGGGAUAUUUUUGUAUCUUUUAUAGUUUCUAUCAUGGAGUCUGCAGGCAUGUGGAUCAGACCUAAAAGGGAAUAUUGGUACUACGCUGGAUACAGAAUUCUGUUUGCUUUGAAACAGUGUUGGUUUAAAAAGUCUGCUGAAAAAUUUUACAUAUCCAGAGAAGGAAAAAGCCCAUUUUUUAUCUUCCUGGCCACCCCCCAGCCACCAUCCCUCCCAGUUCUCCAUCCCCUGCCUUGAUGUACACCCUGCAAUUUUUCCUGUAUGAUAUACAGUGGAAUUUGAGCUUAUG